AUGGAAAUUACCCAUUUGGUCAAAGAGUUCGUCUUCUACUCCAGUUUGGCAUAUGGUUUAGUACUCAAUCACCUUGGUCUGCGUCCCUGGUACUCGCGUAUUGAGCCGAAUUUAAUUGUUGGCGGUCUGCCUUUCAUUCACAGCUGGGAUGCUAUAGCCAGCCGGGAGAACAUCAGUCAUGUAGUAAGUCUCGUCGAGACGUUCGAGGUUAAGCCUUUCGUUUUGAAUCGUGAAGCAGCAGAGGCUCGUGGACUCCGAUAUCUAGCACUGCCAGUGUGCGAUUUUAUCGCCUCGCCUAGCAUUGAUCAG